AAAUCGUAUCUAACCUUAAUGGGCAUCCAGCAGAAGGAAGGUGAGUCGCUACGAGAUUAUGUGGCGAGAUAUACGCGAGCAUGUGUCGAAGUGCCCAGGGUGUCGGAGGAGAUAAAGGCAGGAGGUUUGACACGAGGGUUGUUACCGGGCUUGUGCAGGAAUUCUCUGGCAAAGCGCCCGAGUAGAACGUUCGACGAAGUGCUGGGGAGAUGCGCGAAGUAUAUGAAUGUCGAGGAGGCGAAGAUCGAUUUCUCGCGAACGGCUAAAGAGAGUAGAGCUGACCCUCGGGAUGAGAGAAGGGAGAAGAGAAUUUCCUCGGCUGGGGAGAGAAAGGGGUCUCCGCGAGCAGAGAGAGAGGGGCGACCUAGGGGCUGGAGGCCGACUCAAUACACCCCUUUGUCGGCCCCUCAAGCGCUAAUUCUGGAGGUGAUGGAAAAAGAGAUUCAUGACAAUGUUGUCAGAUGGCCCAAGACGAGAAAGGACGGACCAACAAGACCAAAGAGUAACCUAUACUGUCGAUUCCACAAAGACUAUGGUCACAAUACUGACGACUGCAGGCACCUUAAAGACGAAAUCGAAAGGCUGAUUAAGGCAGGACACUUAAAGGAAUUCAUAUAUAAGGACCGGGAAAAGUCGAGCAGAAGGAGGGAAAGGAGCAAGAGCCCUCGCAAGAGGGCGAGAACGCCAGAGAAAAAGGAGCUCCCACAGAAAAGGGGAACCAUACAUAUGAUAUUUGGAGGAUCAACUGAUGGGGAUUCGAAUCGAGCAAGGAAGGCGUAUGCCCGAGGGCGCCAUGGAAAAGUCGAGAUACAACAGGUCGAUGAGAAUGGACCGGUAAUAAACUUCGGCCCGGCAGAUGCGGGAGAAGUUGAGAGGCCUCAAAACGACGCAUUGAUGAUAAUAGCCCAAAUAUCGGGAUAUGAAGUGCAGAGAGUGUUUGUCGAUACUGGGAGUUCCGUAAAUGUGAUUUUUUACGAUUGUCUCAAAAGGAUGGAACUCGACAUACAGCUCACACCCCUUCAUACCUCACUAUUCGGUUUCAACGGGUCAGAGGUCGCCCCUCUAGGCGAAACCAUGCUCGCUGUC